AAAAAUUUGCUAAUCUUCUCUCCGCACGGACAACAACUUUGGUUCUUCUCCACAACCCGACCAAAGAAAACAAAUAGAUUGUUUUGAUCAUCAAAAAAGUUUCUUUUAGUUUUUUAUAAACAAGUGUGUAAUGAGAGCAAAUUCUAGAUUCGUGUUUGCCUUGUUGCUUGUUUUGUUUCUUGUUCCUUUUAUUUUGGAAUCAAUAGACCAAACAGCAUCGAGCCUUUUAACAAAAUCAAAUAGUAAUAUUAAUCGUUAUGAAUCAACCUCGAUUUCUUCAUCAUCAAUUUUUGUAGAGGCCCAAAGAAGAAGACGAAGACUCAACAAGAUUUUAAAGAAGAAGAAGAGAUAUGAAGAAGAAGAAGACGAUGAUGAUGACGAAGAUGACGACAAUCAACAACAACAACAACAACCACCUCAACAAGUCGACCAAGAUGAUGAAAGUUCUGGCGACAAUGAUAGUAGUAAUGAUAAAGUUGUAAUGGAAAAACACACUUUCAGACCACCUUUCCUCUUUGGUGGACAACAAUCUGUUCCUCAUUGGGAAUAUGGUGGAAGUUCUAUUGCUACUGAAUCUUACAUUAGAGUUGUUCCAAACAUCAAGUCUAGAACUGGUUAUUUGUGGAAUCUUGAACCUGUUCACAUGAAGAGUUGGCAAGUUGAAUUUGAUAUUCACAUUCACAAUAAUCAUAAUCCUGGUGCGGAUGGUAUGGCUUUCUGGUAUGCCAAAGAGCCAUUCAAGACUGGUACUUUAAUGGGUUAUACUGAUAGUUUUGAAGGAUUGGGUAUUUUGUUUGAUACCUAUGACAAUAACAUGGAUGGUGAUAAUCCAGCUGUUAUUGCUAUUUCCGGAAAUGGUCAACAUGUUAACUAUGAUGUAGAUCAUGAUUUCAAGGCUAAUCAAUUGGACCGUUGUCGUGCUGAUAUUAGAAAUCCAAGUGCUGGAAAGACUUCAGUUCGUGUUACUUAUCAAAAUUCCAUGUUAGGAGUUUAUUUGGAUACAGCAAACUCUGGUAGCUUUGUUAAAUGUUUUGAACUUAACAAUAUUCAUUUGAAGGAAGGAUUCUACUUUGGUCUUACUGCUGCUACUGGUGGUUUGGCUGAUAAUCAUGAUGCUUUGAACUUUAUUACUUAUGAUCUUAAUCCUGCCCCAGUUUCAAAUGAAGGAAUUCAACCACCAUCUCAUCAUCACAGAGGUUGGUACGAUCCAUAUGAGGAAUUCCAAAAGUAUCUCGAUAAGCAAAAGCAAGACGAAGAAGCCAUGAAUCAUGGUAAGCCAGCCGAACAUCAUCAACAACAACAACAAGUCAACUUGCAACACGAAGUUCAUAGUGAAAUUGAAAGAAAGAAGAAGGAAACUGAACAAGCUUGGGAGGAAGAACAAAAGAUCUUUAAUCAACUCAAGGAAAAGAUGAAACAUGUAGAUGAAAGCCAAGAUGCAAGCUCAAAGGAUCAACCACCAGUUCAACAUCAUGAAGGUGGUCAUGUUACCUUUAAUAUGCAAACUGGUUUACUUAUUUUGGAAGCUCUCGAGGAAGUUACCAGAACUAUUAAGAAGUCAUCUACUAAGAGCGAUAUUAUUAAUAUUUUGGAAUUUGUUAAUGAAGUUUCAAAGAAGCAAGAAGAAGUACAAGCCAAAUUUACUGAAUUCAGUGAAAAUACCAAGAGAGAUGUUAGUGGAACCCUUCAAGAAUUGAAGAGAGAUACUGAUACAUUGAAUGUUCAAUUACGUAAAUUGGAUUCUCUCAUUACAAACAUCUAUAAUGAUGUCAACAAUAUUCAACGUUCUCAUGGUGAAAUCCACUCUGGUAUUUCCAAGCAAACAGAAUCAUUAGGAGAAAUGCAAAGAUUUGGCAAUGGAUGGCUGUUGGUCAUUUUCAUCUUAUUCCAAGUUGUUUUUACUGUUGGUUUCAUCUAUUAUAGAAAGUUCCAAGAAAGUAAGAGCAAGUUCUACUAAGGUAUUAAAUAAAUAAUUU